CUUUCUACACACGGAAUUGCCGGCGCGUCCGCCGCGAAGGGCCCUAUCACGUCCCAGUGCCAGCCCAGGUCGGCCGCGGCCCGCCGGUGGCAGGACCAGCGCGGGUCCGCGGGGCGGUCGGCCGCCGGCGAAAAGGCGAGUCCCACGACGCCGGCGUUCGGCGCGUCGGCGUCUGAUAAAGCCGCGAUCGUGCCCCAGUGGCACACGACCGCUAUUCUCUUGUCCGCGCCGCGGUCGGCCCGCGCGCAUAGAUCGUUUACGAGAGCGAGCGUGGCCGCGGCGCUUCGCCGUCCGAGCCACCGCUUACUCGCCCUUGCCUCGCCAGCGGGAUCCCAGUGCUCCGACGGCGCGCCGACGGCGGCCUCGAUCGUGGCCGUCGAUAGGCCGUGGGAUGGGAGGUCGGCCAGGUCCGGCAGCAGGUCGGCGGCGAGGCGGCCGCGGUUCUGCUUGUGCACCCACCAGUGUUCCCGCGCGGCGGCGCAGACCUCCCACCUGCUGCAGUUGCACGCGCCGAGCGCGCGCGCCGCGGUCGCGACACAGCGGAGCAUCGGCGACACCAGAAUCGCGUCGAGCGACCAACCCGCCGCGCGGUCGCGCCACGCGUCGGCCUGCGCCACGCCCGUGGCCGUGAGUGCUGGGUCCUCGACGUCGUCUCCCACAUUGCUCGUCGACUCGGCGUGUCGCAGUAGCAAGACUAGGAGCAUUGUGUGCGGGCGAACGGAUGCUAGUGCUGCGUCUUGUGUUAUGAUUGGCUGUAGACGAGCGUUUUUUCGAUCGAUUAUUGCGCGUGGUGCGCGCACG